AUGACUAGUCCUCCACCCAUUGUCCUUGAUGGCGGAACUGGUUUCCUCAAGGUCGGAUAUGCCGCGCAGAACUUCCCCGAGUAUCAGUAUCCGUCUAUCGUGGGCCGACCGAUCCUACGAUCCGAGGAGCAACAGGAUAACAACCUGAUCAUCAAGGAUAUCAUGUGCGGUGAUGAAGCCGCCGCUGCCCGAGCGAUGCUGCAGAUCAGCUACCCUAUGGAUAACGGCAUCAUCAAGAAAUGGGAUGAUAUGGAGCAUCUCUGGGAUUAUACCUUCUUCGAGAAACUCAAGGUCAAUCCUGAAGGCCAGAAGAUCCUCUUGACAGAGCCUCCGAUGAACCCUCUCGAGAACCGGGAGAAGAUGUGCGAGAUUAUGUUCGAACGAUAUGGAUUCGGAGCUCUUUACGUUGCGAUUCAAGCUGUCCUGGCCUUGUACUCGCAAGGUCUGAGUUCCGGUGUUGUUGUCGACUCGGGUGACGGUGUCACACACAUUGUUCCCGUCUACGAAUCCGUUAUCCUUAACCACCUCACAAAGCGAUUGGACAUCGCUGGCCGAGAUGUUACACGCAACCUGAUUAAUUUGCUGUUGCGUCGUGGCUACGUCCUAAACCGAACCGCCGACUUCGAGACGGUGCGCGAGAUCAAGGAGAAGCUAUGCUAUGUAUCUUACGACCUGGAGUUAGAUAAGCGGCUGAGUGAGGAUACGACAGUGCUUGUAAAAGAGUAUACGCUGCCAGAUGGACGUAUAGUCCGCGUAGGUAGCGAGAGAUUCGAGGCGCCUGAAUGCCUGUUCCAGCCUCACCUUGUCAAUAGCGAGUCGCCCGGCCUCAGCGAGAUCCUCUUUAAUACGAUCCAGUCGGCCGACGUGGAUAUUCGCUCGUCGCUGUUUAAGGCAGUUGUCCUAUCAGGCGGCAGCAGCAUGUAUCCUGGCCUACCGUCACGACUGGAGAAGGAGCUGAAGCAGCUGUGGCUAACACGGGUGUUGCAGGGCAACCCGGAGCGACUGAGCAAGUUCAAGGUGCGGAUAGAGGACCCCCCCAGACGGCGGCACAUGGUAUUCCUAGGCGGCGCAGUGCUAGCCAACAUCAUGGCAGACAAGGAGAGCACAUGGGUUACUAAGGCGGAAUGGGAAGAGCAGGGACCGAGGGUGCUGGAGAAGCUAGGACCGCGAUAG